UAAGGUUUGUGGUAGAUAAGCGUUAGACAUCGAAAAGUUAAUGUAAUAAUAAAUUAUAGUAGUAAUGCGAACAGAAGGGUGAUACUAAUACUAAGUAUUACUUAGUGUUAGUACUAGUAGUGUGUAACCUCUAUAUUAAGGGAAAGAAAGUUAAAAAUAUGAAUUAAUGUUUUUUUAGAACUUUGAUGGUAGUUGCAAACGAUGUGUUUACACUUAUCAAUCCCUAUUACAAUAUAGUAUCGGAUAUUUGGUAUUACAAAUAUAACUUUCAGUUUCAACUCAAAUUUUAAUCGGUAGUUAUACUGUUAAUAUGUUAUUCUGUUUUACCGCACAAGUAGAAGUUUGAAGCUUAUGUUCUUAAAAGUUAAAUGAAAAAUGCAGAUGUAGGCCAAGUGAUAUGAUGUGGACUUCUGUCGUGAGUACAAAAACUUGAAAAUGACUGUUUCACAUGGACCAGUUUUUCAUGAGACAGUUAUAUUCAUGUCACUUGAACUUUGUGGGAUAUAUUCAUUGGAAUGUUCAGGACUUUUCAACACAGCUUUGCCUGCAGCUUGAGUUUAUAAAAUGUUGAUCCAGUAUUAAAGACCUUAGUGAAACAUUUGCACUACCUGCCUUCAUUUUCAUUAUGCAUAAUAAAAAUAUAUUGGUUUCUGAUCCAGAAAAGCUUAAGUAUGCAUUGUAUCUUUCAAGAGUUGGUUCACCUAGACAGCAUUGAAUUUCUUGAAGCACAAGAACUCCAUUUGAUGACUUUGCCAGAGAGAAUGAUUGAUGAGGUUUCAUUAUCAGCUUGUCAGGAUACAAAAGGAAGGCCGCUUUGUCCUGUUUGUGGGAAAUCCUUUUUUGAUCGAAGCAACAGAAAUAGACACCUAAAAAUGCAUUUCUCUGAGAUUCUGUGGCCUGUAGCAGGACGAACAGAUGAAUUAGUUACACCUUCUGAAGAUUAUAUGUGUGACGUGUGUGGUAAAACAUUUUGUUCAAAGGUGUCUAUGACUUCUCAUCGGUAUUAUCAACACAGAACUCAUCGACACUAUGAAUGUCCUCAGUGUAACCAUGUCUUUACUAGGAAACCAAACUUACAAAGACAUUUACGUCACUGUCAUUCAGGUGUUUCAUAUGAACAAAAAGAAUUAUCAAACAGUUCAUUCAACCAGUAAUGUUCACACAAAUAUCAGUUUGUAUAUAUGAUAAGAACUAUUAAAGGUAAAAGGCACAUGAAGUGUCAUAGGUGAAACACUAUUAUUAUUUUGUUUCUGUUUAUUUGGUGUGAAACCAAUUACAUGGUUUUUCUGUUUUUGCACAACAUAUCUUUUCUAAUGUCACCAUGAAUAUAUUUAUCUUCUACAAAACAUAGUUAAAUUUUUUGUUUUAUGUGUUUAAGGAAGCACAUUCCUUAAAUCUGUACUAAUUGAAAUUUCCAGUUGAUACAAAAGUUAGGAAAUCUGAAAAUACAAAAUUAUUAAAUUUUUUAUAAGGUAAAAGAAAAAUAGCAUUUUAAGUAAAUGAAGUUUACGAUGCUCAGGUCCCAGUUAAAGUCAUCUAACUCGAAUGUUAUUUUUUGUAUACAUUCAGCAAAUUUAACUUUUUCUUUUACUUUAUCAUGCUGAAUCUGCAUUUCUUUGUAACUUGUAAGAUUUAAUUUACAAUGAUUAAAUGUGCAGAUUUUAUAGAUUUGUGGAAAUCUAGUAAUUGAUUAUGAAGAUGUUUGAUUUUUUAUGAACUUAAGCAGUGUUUGUGAAGAAUAACACACAUUAUUUGCAAAAUAACAAUCUAUAUGCAAGUACUCUCCACCAAGUUAAUCAUCUAUACUUUUACAUUGUGAAAGAAAAGCUACUGAAGUAUGGUGUGUCUAUUACAUUCAUGCAGUAUUUGUAUACAGUCAAGUCAUUUUCUGUGCUAAAGGCACCUGAGUUUCUUCAACAGCCAUUAUUGAUACAAUCAGUUUGCAUGUGAAUCUUAGUGUAAACCUUUUAAUAAUUUAUUUAGUAAUGAUAUGAUUUUUAUUAAAGAGCUUUGAAUGGUUUAAAUGUUUCCAUUUUGUGUGGAUGGUGUUUAUGUAUAGUCAUUAAUUUGUUAAGUAAUACAACUGACUAAAAAAAUGUGAUGCAGCUACCUGGUAAUUCAUAGGAUGUAAUGUUAGUGGAAUAAAUAAAGCUGAUAUUUCCCUCUUUAAUAUUUAAUAAAUUGA